AUGAAGUCUUCUUUGGCCUUUACGGUGCGGCACGCAGUUGUCCCGGUGAUUGGAUGCAAUUUACUCUUCCCCGUCCGCCGCGUGUACUGCGUUGGGCAGAACUACGCGGACCACGCGAAGGAGAUGGGCGGCGUGGCUUCCAAGACCAAUCCAUUCUUCUUCAGCAAGCCUCCUGACGCCGUUGUCAGUUGCGAGACAAACCACACGGCGGCGAUGGAGGUCAACGUCCGAUAUCCGCCUCAGACCAGCAACUACCAGCAUGAGGUGGAGCUGGUCGUCGCCAUUGGCGAAGGUCGUGGUGGCAAGACAAAGUACGGUGCCAUCUCCCCUGGAGAGGUGCACAACAUCAUCUACGGCUACGCUGUGGGUCUUGACCUGACACGGCGCGACUUGCAGUUGGCAGCGAAGACGAAUGGGAAGCCGUGGGACUUGGCGAAAGGCGCUGACGAGAGCGCCCCACUCUCAGCUAUUGCGCCCGUGGAGUUUCUUCGAAAGCAGGCGUACGCCAUGUUUUACGCGACGGAGGAGAGUUAUAAGCAGGCGAUGAACGCCAAAGCCCAAGAAGAGCCCACUGUUCUUUGUCGGGGCAACAUCGAGCUGUGGGUGAACGGGGAAUGUCGGCAAAAGAGCGACCUGUCAUCGUUUGUUACCCCCAUCGAUGAGCUGCUCUCUAUUUUGUCGCACUCCGUGGAGCUGGCCCCCGGCGACCUCGUCUUCACAGGAACCCCGUCGGGUGUUUCUGCCUUGAAACUCGGUGACGAGAUCCGGGCAGCGAUUGAAGGUGUUGGUGAGAUUGCAGUGCGGCUGCACUAA